ACCACCGCCCGUUGGCAUAGAUGAAAUUACCUAUAUUAAGUUGGCUAUGCUAGAACGUGGUUGUCAAUAUUGUGGUGCAAAAACGGAAACCCCUAAAGUAUAUUGGGCUUUUCGUGUACGCUGUUGUUCUUCUUGUCUAAGGAAAAGAAUUACCACUCCUGAUAAUCUUCCUCAUUGGGCAAAAACACCAAUUGAUAUCACUACUGUCGUACCUUAUGAAAACGUUCCUGUUCUUAAUUCUACUACUGGUGCAAAAAUUAUAGCUUAUUUAAAUUCCCAUCUAGAAUCAGCACGUCGUGAAUUCAUAUCGACACCACCAAAACAUCGAGCUAACUGGAUUCAAAAGAAAAAAAACAUGGUUGCUCAAAUCUUAACUAAUGUUCAGAAACGUGAAAGGCUUGAUGAAUUAUAUCUUCGUAAGAAAUCACUAGAAGAUAUGAGAACAUUUAAAAUGUUAAUUGAAGAAUUUAAACAAACAAAGGAUGAAAAGGGUCUAAAACCUUAUAAAGAAAAAUAUAUAGUUCAAUUACCUUCUUAUAUUGAAGCAAAAGAA